UAUUUAAAAUAUUAAUUAUCAAAAAAAAAAAAAACCCUUAAAAAAAAUUAAAAAUUAGUAAAAGCUUUAUUUUAUAAAAAAUUAUAAAACAUGGUUACAAGAGCAUCAAGUGUUCCAAAUUCAAUUAAUAAAACUGGUGAAAGAUUGGAACGUACAUCGAAUAAAACAAAUCAAUCAACUGUACCAGUUCCUAAUUCAAAAAAUAAUAGAAAUAAUCGCGGUCGAAGUAGUAAUAAUAGUGGAAAUCUGAAAAAUAAAAAAACUGUACCAAGAUCAAGAAGUUUAACAAAUGGUAUAAGAAAACCAAGUCCAAGCCCAAAUUUAAAAGGUCAUAUUAAUAAUGGUCAAAGGACACAAGAUAAACGUAAUGCACCAAUUGUUGUUAGAUCUAGAGGAAAUGAAAUUGGAAGUGCCGACACUUUAGAAAUUGUUGCAACAAAAUCAAAUGGAAGUGAUGAACCUUCAACACCAGAAGAUAAUAUAAAUGUUGUCGUACGUGUAAGACCUCUGAAUGAUAAAGAAAGAAAUGAAACUAUGGUAUUACAAUUUCCCGGGAACGGUCAAAUUAUGGUUGAAGGAAGAGGAUCUGGGAAUCGUGGUAGUCAAAGUGUUAAACUAUUUACAUAUAAUGUUGUUUUUGAACCUGGGGCAACACAAGAAGAUAUCUUAGAAUAUUCUGGUAUAAAAAAAAUUGUUGAAAUGGCGGUAGAAGGUUUUAGCUGUACAGCAUUUUGUUAUGGUCAAACAGGAUCCGGUAAAACUCAUACUUUAACAGGACCACCAGAAUUGUUUAUUGGUAAACCGGAUCCAGCUGAUUCUAGGCAUGGUUUAAUCUUCCGUUCAUUUCUAUAUCUCUUCCAAAUGUUAAAGGAUCGUUCCGAAACAAAUUUUAUAUUGAAAGCUUCAUUUUUAGAAAUAUAUAACGAAAAGGUUAUAGAUUUAUUGAAUCCUGGUUCGGCAAGAAAACCUUUAGCAGUACGUUGGUCUAAAAAAUCUGGUGGAUUUUUUGUUGAAAAUCUAUUUACUGUAGAUUGUGAAGAGCUUGAUGAUCUAUUAGCUGUUCUAGAGGAGGGAAUGCGAAAUAGAUCAGUUGGAUCACAUCAAAUGAAUGAACAUUCUUCAAGAUCCCAUACAAUACUAACAGUACAUAUAGUAUCAGAACAGCAAACUGAAAAUGGAGUUUUCCUUUCCAAACAUGGUAAAAUAAAUUUUGUUGAUUUAGCUGGCAGUGAAAUGACAAAGAAGACAUUAAGCGAAGGAAAAACAUUAGAAGAAGCAAAUAAUAUCAAUAAAAGUUUAAUGGUUUUGGGUUAUUGUAUUGCUUCAUUAAGUGAUUCAAAAAAACGAUCUGGUCAUAUACCAUAUCGUGAUAGUCAAUUAACAAAGUUAUUAGCAGAUUCAUUAGCUGGAAAUGGUGUCACUUUAAUGAUUGCUUGUGUUGCACCAUCUGAAUUUAAUUAUUCUGAAACUAUUAAUACACUACGUUAUGCAUCGCGAGCGAAACGUAUUCGUACAAAACCAAUUAUUAUAAUGGAUCCAAGAGAAGCUUUAAUAUUAAGUUUAAAACGUGAUAUAAACGUUUUGCAAAUAGAAAAUGAACAUUUAAAAACUGCUUUAAAUUUAAGUGAAGAAACAAGAGAAAUUAAUGUUAUAACACCAAAUGCUGCUAUAUCUGAUAUAAAUUAUGAAAGACAACCAAUACCACAAGCACCAGAAGUUAGUUUAGAAAAAUUGGCUCAACUUGAAGGUUCUGAAUUAGCGGAAUUAGUUAAAUUAUAUAUGCAAGAAAAUCAAGCGCUAAGAGAAGAAAAUUCAACAUUAUUUACAGCGAGAGAAGUUUUAUUAAGAGAUCAAGAGUUAGUAAGCAGAGAAAAUGAAAGAUUAUUAAAAAAAUUAGAGGAUGUUAACAGAGUAUGUGUUCGAUCACCUUUAAUUACUGGAUCAGCUAGUGGAUCACAGUUUAAUAGCACCAGUACACCGGAUGUAAAAAAUGAUUUGUCUGAUAUUUGGACAAAUCCGUACAAUAUUGAAAAUAUGGAAUCUACAAUAGUUAACAACAAUGAUAACCCUAAAGAAGAAGUUAAGAAGAAGGCGAUUGGUGAAAAUAUUUUAGAAAUCGCUUCACAGUAUGGUGUUGGAGAAUGAAGAAAAAAACCCCUUUGAAACUAUUUUUAUUAUAAUAGAUCCCAUUUAGUUUUUGCUAUCACAUUUCUAUAUCGAGCGUUUUUAUUAUACUGAAUUACUCGUUUUGGUAAACCCGUUAAUAUAAGUCCGCUUACAUGUCGAGCGUAUACCAAAAUGUAUAAUUUUAAUAUAAGAAUUUUUAAAUAUGUGUAUGUAUAUUAAAAUAUAAACAAUAUAAUAAAAAGAUAAACAUAGAAUAAGCAAUAUUUAAGAUAAGUUACCUGUAUGAAAAAACAAAUUUGGUACGGAAUAAAAUAUAUUUUCAUAUAAAUAUUAUUAA